AUGGAAAAGACCUUCUCGCAUAGACGCCUGGAGAUUGUGGAACAAAAACCCAGGAUUGCAGAAGUCAAGGACAGAUGGCCUGCCCUGUUUACACCAAAUGGAGUAAAUGACGAAUUCGUACGGAUCACGACAAAGCCACUCGUCUCAAAGUUUCUCUCCCAGUUGGAUCACUUCUCUGAGAAGCUCAUCAGCAUAUUUAAGCCCAAGGGAGGAGCCAAAGGUCUGAAAAUCCGCCGACUUCUAGAACAAAGUGAGGAGGAUGGGGGUGUACCUUACCUGAACUGGCUAAAACUGUUUUCUAAGUUGGCGUGCAGCUGA